GUUUCACACGUAUUAGCAGGGCUGGGCAUGUUUCACACCAUUUUAAUGCAGUCAGUAUUUCACGUGGUUGGCUGCAUACUUGGAUUUUUAUCACCAACUAAUAAACUUUGUGUGGUUAAAAAAGAUGCAUUACUUUCCUGCCACUUUGUUAGCAUUCUUGAGCAUAUUAUCUCAAGUGCUUGGAGGUAAAGUGUUGGUGUAUCCAUUGGAUGGAAGUCACUGGGUGAACAUGAAGGUCCUGAUUGAGGAAUUACAUACAAGGGGUCACAACGUGACCGUGCUUAGAGCCUCUAACAGCUGGUAUGUCAAGGAGGAGUCUCCUUUCUAUACCACCAUCACUGUUUAUAAUAGCGGUGGCAUUGAAAAGGAGCUGUUUGAUGCAUUUACAAAACAUAUCCUGGUCAUCAGAAGAGAGAAACUGUCUUUUUGGACCCACCUCUCAUUGGCCUCAGAGGUUGGAACAGUAUUUGAAGAGAUGCAUCGCAAUCAACUUGUCUUAAUGGGGAAAAUCUUUGAAAAUAAAGACUUAAUGGCUUCACUCCAGACAGCAAAAUAUGACCUGGUUCUGACAGAUCCGGCUUUUGGAGGUGGAGUUUUCCUAGCACACCGCCUUGGUCUCCCUCUUGUGCUAAAUGUCCGUUGGACGAUGCAUGGAGAGGCACAUUACGAAAUAGCUCCUUCACCACUAUCGUUUGUUCCUGUACCAGGAGUAGAGCUGACAGAUAAGAUGACGUUUGCUCAACGUGUACAGAACGUAAUGGGAUACAUAUUUUCAGUUUAUCACAAAAACAGAUUUAUCUCCUCGCACUACCAGUCCUUCUGCAAUAAAUACUUUGGAUCAGAAAUUAAGUAUGAAUCCUUCCUUCGGGAUGCAGACAUCUGGCUCAUGAGAAAUGACUUUACCUUUGAGUUUCCACGACCCACAAUGCCCAAUAUCGUCUAUAUGGGGGGCUUCCAGUGUAAACCUGCCAAGCCGCUUCCGGCUGAUCUUGAGGAGUUUGUGCAGAGCUCAGGAGAUCAUGGACUCAUUGUCAUGUCCCUAGGGACUCUUUUUAGCCAUCUUCCACAAGAUAUCACAGAGGAAAUUGCUGCCGCUUUUGCCAGAUUGCCCCAAAAAAUCAUUUGGAGACACACCGGACCUCGACCUGUCAAUAUUGGUGAUAAUACAUUACUUGUUGACUGGUUACCUCAGAAUGACCUGCUUGGACAUCCUCACACUAAACUGUUUUUAACACACGGAGGCACUAAUGGCAUCCAAGAAGCCAUCUAUCAUGGGGUGCCCAUUUUGGGUCUACCUAUAAUAUUUGAUCAACCUGACAAUCUGUCUAGAAUGAAAGUUAGAGGCACAGCUAAACUUGUGGAUAUUGCAGAAUUGAACAGGACAAUGUUUCUACAGGCACUGGAGGAAGUGCUGUAUAACUCAUCUUACAAGGAGAACAUGCAGAGACUGUCCAAGCUGCACCAUGACCAGCCAAUAAAACCUCUUGAUCGUGCCGUCUUCUGGAUCGAGUUUGUCAUGAGGAACAGAGGAGCUCCUCAUUUACGAACACAGUCUUUCAGAAUGUCCUGGAUUGAGUACCACUCUAUAGAUGUUAUUUUGACUCUGCUGAUGAUAUUUGUUUUGUUUUGUUUCAUGAUUUACUCUGUCAUAAAAUUUCUGUGUUUUAAAGUAGUAUUUAAGAAGAAAAUUAAAGCUGAGUGAUUGAAUAUUUGGCCAGAAUCCCAGGAAUUAAUUCCAUAACCAAUGUUUCUAUUUUCAUUUUGGACUGAGAAUAUAAUGUUUUCCUGUAAAGUUUUAAAAUAACACGUGAAACAUAUAAACCUCUUCUUAAAAUGAAUCCUUUUAUUUGUGCUCUCCCUUGUUUCCGUAGAGAAUUUACACAAUAUGAGUGAAAAAGAGUGAAAUAAACUGUACUUGGAUUACA